AUGUUUCAACCCGAUCGCCCCGACAAGCCGCAGAAACGCUCCCCUCUCCGAUUGCCACGGCAGAUUACGGUUUCGCUGUACGGUCAGCAAAUACCCCCCCUCUGGCCAUCUGGAAACGAGGCUGUGCAAGAUACCAAGACUUUCCACCUGCCAGAUUGA